CGCGCCUGCAUCAUGCCCCACCUACCUCGAGCCUCUGCUCUAUCUGCCUUCCGUGCAGCUCCCCGAUUCCGCGCCCCCGUCACCAAACGCUUCUUCACGCCCUCGGCCUACAACAUGACCAUCAAAGCCUACUUUGAUUGCACCUGGAGCGGCCCAACCGUCGAGAUUGACCAAGCCGGCACUGUGACAAAAACCGGCGAAGUAGCAGAACAAACCGGCCGCAUCAACUUUGAGCUCUUUGACGAUGUAGUUCCCAAGACGGCUGAGAACUUCCGCGCUCUCUGCACGGGCGAGAAGGGCUUUGGCUACAAGGGCUCCAAGUUCCAUCGCGUGAUCCCCCAGUUCAUGCUCCAGGGUGGUGACUUUACCCGCGGCAACGGCACUGGCGGCAAGUCCAUCUACGGCGACAAGUUCGCCGACGAGAACUUCAAGCUGCAGCACGACCGUCCCUUCCUCCUCUCCAUGGCCAACGCCGGUCCCAACACCAACGGUUCACAAUUCUUCAUCACCACCGUCGUCACUUCAUGGCUCGACGGUAAGCACGUGGUGUUUGGCGGUGUUCCCGAGGGCGAUGUCGAGUCGUACAAGGUCGUCCGAGCCAUUGAAGCAUGCGGCUCCCCAAGCGGUACUAUCAAGAACAAGAACGCCCCACCUACUAUUGUCGCAGCUGGAAUCCAAUAGAUGGUUGUGAUUAUUUGAGAAUGGGGCUAGCGAGGGCACACGAUCUUCUUCCCAAGUAGACAAGGCCACUUUUUGGUUGAUGCGAGCGCUAUGAAGUAAAUGAUGCAACCAGCUAUAAGUCUCUCACAUGCAAUGUAAUUUUUUUU